CGCAUCACUUUACAUACCUACAUCCGCGGCCGCGCAGGCGCAACGUCGUGACGUGACGUAAUUGUCCAUUCAUACUUUUUGUUUCAUUAAUGAAAAUGAGUUUUCCAAUAAUGUUUCUUGUGUUGUGUUUACCACAAAAUAAUAUUUUUAGUGAUUUGUUACACAAGUGCUGCAACAUGUUUUAAUACCUUUUCCUGAAUGUUACGUGCAUUUUGGCUUGAAGUGCAUUCAUUCAUUGAAAGAGUGCAGGUAUUGAGCACAUGCGCACUGCAAACGUGAAUCUAGGCGAUCUCUAGUGUUAGUUUUGUUUGAACUCUCGAAUGUGGCUCCCAUUACAUUUUGUGAUGAUAAGUGCUUCGAUUUGAAAUACAUGAACAAGUGACUGAAUUGAAACUGGAAGUCUGGAAAACAGGCAGAAGUAGAACAUUACGACACUCCGGAAGUGGCGGGACAAGCAAGCCGGCCGAGCUCGUUCCGAAAGAGAUAACAACGGAUGAAAGAGAUAAACAGUAAUGGAUUUAACAUGGCGGACGAUACGCGUAAAGUACGAGUUGAAGAAAGAUUGAAAAUAAAGAUUGGUGAAGCAAAAAACGUGCCAGGUCGCAGCCAUGGCGGGUCGUGCCACCGCGACAUAUACUGCGUGUUGUCGCUCGACCAGGAGGAAAUAUUUCGCACCUCUACCAUGGAACGGACACUCAAUCCAUUUUUCGGCGAAGAAUUCCAAUUCGAGGUUCCCCGAAGAUUUCGAUACCUCUCAAUUUACGUGUUCGACCGUGACAAGCAUCUCAAACAGGACAAGGUGCUCGGAAAAGUGGCAAUCAAGCGAGAGGACCUUCACCGGUACAACAACAAAGACCACUGGUUCGCCCUCCGGCCGGUCGACGCAGAUUCAGAAGUUCAGGGCAAAGCGCACAUCGAACUUUCCCUCGAGGAUUCGAGAAAACGGUUACGAAUGGAGCCGAAGCCGCCCGACCCGGACCCGGCCGCCGACGGGUCGUCGAAGAACAAAGGAAACAAUCUCGUGAGGCUGUCCGAAUACUGCAAGGAGAGCAUGAGGUUCGGCUCGUGCUCCAGCUCGACGAGCAAAAAGCUGCUCAGCGCCGUGGCAACGGAGCCCUCGUUAGCUUUGUCGCGUUCGGAGAGUCUCAAGGACAGAGCGCAGUGGGGGACUCGGACGAAACCCCCCAUGCACACGAUGUCCGAGCCGGACGCGUCGCCGCCCACCGCCGCCGACUACUGGUCGGACCCGGAGCGGCACUGCGCCGCGCGCGUGGGCCCGGACACGCUGCGGCUGCGCGUGCUGGAGUGCCUGGAGCUCACCACCAAGAACGGACAGUGCGAUCCGUUCGCUCUCGUCACGUUACUGUACUCCAACGGGCGAAGAGUAGAAAAGCGCACGAAACCCAGAAAGAAGACUGUUAACCCUCAAUUUGACGAAAUAUUCUGUUUUGAUCUCGUUAUGGACGCCGACCCCAAAGACAAGGACGGUUCUCAAUCGGCGGGCGUGGCCUGCGAAGCGCGAGUUUCUGUAUGGCACGACGCAGCAACACCUGUCUUCCUCGGCGAAGUGCGGUUGCAGUUACGGCAAACGGCACUGUCUCCUCUUCGCGCUUGGUUCUUCCUAACCUCCCGGGCCGGCGGCGCUCUGUCCCGGGGCGCCACGCCGCCCGGCACGCGGCUGUCGGCGGCGAGCGCGGCUGCGCUGGGCUCGCUGCGGCUGUGGCUGCAGUACACCGUGGACCACGUGUUCCCGCUCGACCACUACAGCCGCCUGGAGGAGUGCUUCCUGCGCAGCGUGCAGCAGAAGCCUAUAACAGCGUCAGCGGUGUACAUUCUCGGCGAGAUAGUGUCGAACAAGACUGACGCGGCGCAGCCUCUGGUGCGAUUGUUCACGCACCACGAUCUCAUCGUGCCCAUCGUCAGGGAACUCGCGCAUGCCGAGAUUUCUGCUCUCACUGACGCGACGACGAUAUUCCGCGGCAACACACUCGUGUCCAAGAUGAUGGACGAAGCGAUGCGGCUGACGGGCGCUGCCUAUCUCCGCUCCGUGCUGCGACCAACACUAGCCGCCGUGCUAGCGGAGCGGCGCCCGUGCGAGAUCGACCCUGCGCGCGUCAAGCCCUCCGCCGCCAUCUCCGCUAACCUGACCAACCUCAAGGACUACGUGGAGAGGGUAUUCGACGCGAUAACAUCAUCGUACGCGAUGUGCCCAGCCGCGAUGUGUCGCCUGUUCGACGCGCUGCGGCAGUGCGCCGUGCGUCAUUUCCCGCGCAACGGGGAAGUGCGUUACUCCGUCGUGUCGGGGUUCAUAUUCCUGCGGUUCUUCGCGCCAGCUAUACUCGGACCGAGGCUCUUCGAUCUCACUACUGAACAAAUUGACCCUCAAACCAACCGGACGCUGACGCUGAUCUCGAAGACGAUCCAGUCGCUGGGCAACCUGGUGAGCAGCCGCUCGGCGCAGCAGGUGUGCAAGGAGGAGUACAUGGCCGAACUGUACCGCAGCUUCUGCACGCCCAGACAUGUGCAAGCAAUAAAGCAGUUCCUCGAAAUAAUCUCCACCAGUACGGACACGCAGAACAACAAUGUCCAAGAAACCCCCGUGCUGCUCAAAGAAGGGACGAUGAUCAAGCGAUCAGAAGGAGUGCGCGGUGGCGCGGGGUCGCCACGCAAGCGCUGGGCGCGCGCCGCUCAUCAGCACGCCAAGCGGCGCCACUUCCGACUCACCAGCGGUGAGCUGACGUGGUCGCGCUGCGGCGCCAAGACGGCCGCCAACCGGCUGGCGCUAUCGGGAGUCCUGGCCGUGGCCGCUGUAGACUGCCCGCCCGCCGGCGCGCCGCUUGGCGCCAAUAACAUCUUCCAAAUAGUGCACCGCGAGCGCGUGCUGUUCGUGCAGGCCAGCAACUGCGUGGAGCGCGCCGAGUGGGUGCGCCUGCUGAGGGCGCUGUGCCGCGCCGCGCCCUCGCCGCCGCACCGCGGCUUCUACGCCGACACGUGGACUUGCUGCGGCAGGCCCGAAGCGGAGGCCGAAGGCUGCGGCGGGCGGACGGAGUCCACGGAGUACCUGACGGAGGGCGACCUGCGCGCGCCCGCCGCGCUCGCGCUGCGCCUCGACCCCGCGCGCGACCUGCAGCGCCUGCACGCGCUGCUCGUGGCCCACGCGCACCGCCUCGACGCCGCCGUGCUGCGCCUGCCAGAUGUCACGAAUGUAGAAGAGCGGGAGGCCGAGGCGACUACGCUCCGCGACUUGCAGAAAGCGAUGUUCGACCUCGAACACCGGCAUCGACUCUAUAGGCGGUCACUCGCACGGGAGACCAAAUAUGGCAGCAAGCAAGCGCCCAUAGGCGACGACAACUACCUCCACCUGGCGGGCGCCGCCGGCAACGCGGACGCGGACCCGUUCCACUGGCGCGCCUGGCGCGGCGACGCCUCGCCCACCGUGGACCUGGACGGGCGCGCGCUGCCGCUGCAGGCCUCGCUCGACAUCGGCUCCAGCACCGAGUCCGUGCGCCUCGCGCGCCACGCCGACGAGCGCUCCUCCGGCAAGUCCGCGCGCUCCGCCGCCGGCGGCUACCUCGCCAUGUCCUGCCUCAAGCACGACGACGACGGCGACGCCGGCGAGCGGCCCGCGCGCCCGCCCAAGCCCGCGCGCCUGUCGCCCGCGCGCGCGCCCGCCGCCGCGCACGGCGAGUACGUGGCCGUGGAGCCGCGCCCGCCGCCGCGCCGCGACCCCGACGCGCCGCGCUGCCGCGAGUACGAGCUCAUGGCCGACUUCCGCGCGCGCGCGCCCUCGCCCGCGCCGCCCGCCGUGCCCCCGCGCGCCCCCCACCGCGCGCGCCCGCCGCCGCCGCGCGAGCCCGCCGCCAGCCUCGACGACCCCGCGCCCGCCGACGCCGUCUCCAACGACGACAGCCUGCUCGACGAGCUGCAGCGCGGCACCUACUGCGUGCUCAAGGUGUGCGAGGACGACGCGCCCGACGACGAGCCGCCCGCCCCCGCCGCCUCGGACCCCGCGCCCGGCCCCGCCGCCGCCGACCCGGACGACACCGCCGCCCCCGUUGACGCCAAGGACGAGGAGUGCGCGACGUUCUCCCGGAUCAGCAUGAAGAGGAAGUCGAACCCGAUCAAGUCGCAGACGGCCGCCGCGAAGCCGCUGAAGACGUCCAACUCGACGUCGAACGUGCACGACAUAGGCGCGAGCGGCUCGCGGCCGCUGGCGGAGCGCCUGACGCCGUUCUUCCUCAAGAAGAAGAAGCCGCCGGAGGAGGCGCCGGCGGCGGGCGGCGCACGCAAGGAGGACAAUCUCAUCGGGCGCCUGACGCCGCGCUUCGGCCAGUCGCGGCUGUACGGGCGCGGCCAGUCGCUGGAGCUGGCGCCGCCGGACCGCAAGCGCAUCGAGCGCUCGGCCACCACGGUCAACAUGCCCACGCGGCCCAUCAACUCGUCCAUCGUGGCCAACCUGAAGUUCUUCAGCCUGCACCGCUACGGCGCGCCGGCCGAGGACGUGCAGUGCCGCGCCUUCGUGCGCACGGACGAGGCGCCGGCCGCCGCCGCGCCCGACGCGCCGCCCGACGCCUGGCGCCACGCCUCGCUGCUGGCCGCCGCCUCCAGCGACAUCCGCCUAUAGCCCGCCGCCCGCCGCCCGCCGGGUUCUGAAACGAUAGACUAGGAUUUAUAUUUAUUACUACGUUUGAACUUCCUUUCGUUGACCUGAACCGUGUGCCUCUUUAGAUAGUAGCGGCUUCUCUGAUGGAAUAACUGAUAUGAUUAAGGAUAAUGCGAUAGCUUAAAUACUCAAAAGGUGCCAAGUGUUGUGCGACCUCGCCGCUGCGGCGGACGAACUCUCAUUCCUGUAGCACGAAAGUAUUGAAUUUUGUGAAAGUCUAAAUACUGAAGAUAUCUUUUCUAGAAAUGAUGUUUUCGGUCUCACCUCGAAAGUAGCGAGUCGAGGUAGCGUAUUUUUAUAUAUUUGUUUUAUGUAGUAUAUUAGAAGGAUAACUAUAAUUGCAUGUUACUUUUUCAAUUUUUAUGGCUAACAUUCUCAACUCUUGACGACUGAAACUUAAGAUGAAUGUUUAAAUGACGGAAAUGGAGAACUUUCACAAAAAAGCACUCAAGUUAUUUACCUACUCUCAGUACGAUUAGAAUUUAACAUUAUUGUAUGUACUUAACUUUGAUAUUACCGACACUCCUAAUGAAAGAUUAUUCUAAAUGAAAUUGUAUCAUGCAUGAUAUAAGACGGCCUUAGGACGCGGCGCGCCCGCGCACAGCAUGGCCUUGAAGUUUAACUCUGUGAUUCACUUUACAAACUCCGCUCAUAUUUAUAGUAUAAUGUAAUUAAUGUUAGAAUGUAUGUAUAUAAACAUCAGUCAAUUGCAAACAAUCUUAUAUCGAAUAUAAUUGCACAGGAGUUAAAUUGAUUCUGUAAUCUUUAUAAUAGUAGUAAGUAAUAUUCGUUUGCAAUAUUACAGUUCUAUCUGAUGUGUAGAUAUUUAACUCAAUUGUAUUUUAUGUGCGUUGUUGUCCUCUUUGUAGAGGAAUAUUAUGAUUUAAUUGUAAGAAGAGUAAAAUAAUGUACAAAUUAAUAUUUCUAUGCAUUAUUAUGUUAUUUAUUCUUAUU